AGGCGGCCGCCCCGCGCUUGUUGUUGUCCGCGGGACUCGCUGGCAGGGAGGGAGGAGGGAGCCGCGCAGCGCCCCCGCCGCCGCCCCCCGCGCCCCCGCCGCCCCCGCCGCCGCCCCCGCCACGGGGCGCUCCCGCCGGCACGCAGUUGCAAUUUCUGAGCAGUUUUGUCCGGAAGACUGUGCUCAGGUUAUGACGACUAAUCCCAAACCGAACAAGGCAUUAAAGGUAAAGGAGGAGUCAGGAGAGAAUGCCCCAGUGCUGAGUGAUGAUGAACUCGUGUCAAUGUCCGUACGGGAGCUGAACCAGCACCUGAGGGGUCUCACCAAAGAGGAGGUCAUCCGUCUGAAGCAGCGGAGGCGCACGCUCAAGAACCGGGGCUACGCUGCCAGCUGCCGCAUCAAGCGUGUGACUCAGAAAGAGGAGCUCGAGAGGCAGCGGGUUGAGCUGCAGCAAGAGGUGGAGAAGCUGGCCAGAGAAAACAGCAGCAUGAAGCUAGAGCUGGAUGCCUUGCGCUCCAAGUACGAAGCACUCCAGACCUUUGCUCGUACUGUGGCGCGAGGGCCUAUUACCCCGACCAAAGUUGCCACCACCAGUGUCAUCACCAUCGUGAAAUCAGCCGAAAUCUCAUCCAGUUCUGUGCCCUUUUCAGCAGCCUCCUAGUGCCCUCGGUGGGGGGAACUAGCAGCCUUUCAGAGGGGAGGGGAUAAGGCUCUUAUGCAUUGUUCCGGAGUCCUUGGUCACGUCAAGAAUUGGCAUUUUAAGAAGUCUCUUCCAAAAGUGCAAAAAA